GCGUCAUUUUCCCGGCUCCCUGAUUUUCCUCGUUCCACGGCUCUUCCCCCAAAGCUCUUUCUCUCUUCUUUCUCCUUUUAUCUUUUCCGGUGGAAGGAAAGAGAAACAAGGAAUCAAAGAGGGAAUGAAAACCCCGUCCUUCCUCUUCAUCUCUAUGAUCUGUUCUUAAAGUCACCCUCCCCGCCUCCACUAGCAAGCGGAGGCGGGGUUUUCUUCCCCGCCCCUUCUUCCUUCGACGUUCGAAUUUCCCUUCGCCCCCCACCCACCGGUUUCUCUCUUGGGUCAAACCAAGUCGGAUCCGAACCGUGGGGGUGGCGGGUUGGGGGGGGAGGAGGAAGGGAGUGAAGAUGGCGCAGGCCUUGUCCGAAGAGGAGUUCGAGCGAAUGCAGGCCCAGCUGCUGGAACUUAGGACACAGAAUUAUCAGCUUUCUGAUGAACUCCGCAAGAAUACUGCCGAAUUAAACGGCCUUCGGCAACGGGUGGCAUUUUUGGAUAAGGAGUUUUCUAAAGCUCAGAAGGCUCUGAGUAAGAGCAAAAAGGCUCAGGAGGUGGAUGCGUUGCUUAGUGAAAAUGAAAUGCUUCAGGGAAAACUGCACAGCCAGGAGGAUGACUUCAGGCUACAAAACAGCACCCUCAUGCAGGAGCUGUCCAAGCUGUGCUCCCAGAUUGAGCAGCUGGAGAAAGAGAACAAGAGUCUCCAGGAAGGGGCGGCCCGAGCAGCCCCAGAAGAGGCCUCCCCCACCAACCCUCUGGAUGGGGAGCUGCUGAGGCUGCAAGCGGAGAACUCUGCACUGCAAAAGAACAUGGCAGCUUUACAGGAGCGCUACGAGAAGGACGUGGCCCGGCAGGCUGAAAACCGAGGCGGAGGAAAGGGCGAUGCCUCUGCGGAGCCUCCUGCCGCUGGGGAAGAGACCUCGGCGCCUCAGGCCCCUGAGGGUGGGGGUGGCAGCAGCGCCGCCUCCCAGCAGCUCCUCUCCGAGGUGGAACUGAAGUGGCAGACGGAGCGAGAGGAGAAAAUCCUCCUGAAGGAGCAGCUGCAGAGCCUUGAGGCCUCCAAGACGACGGAGAUGUCUCGUUUGCAGCAAGAACUCAGCAAGCUUGCAGAGAAGCUAAAGAAGAAGCAGGAAAGCUUUCUGCGGCUUCAGACAGAAAAAGAGGCUCUCUACAAUGAUAGCAGGACCAAAAUUGAAGAGAUUCAACUGCGCAAGGACGAGGAGCUCAAAUCCCUACAGACGCGCAACCAGAAGCUGCAGCAGGAGCUCCAGGUGGCAAAUCAGGGCUUCUCCGAUUUAAAGGGCCAGCUGCAGAGUCGUCGGAAAGAGCAUGAGGUGGCCCUGCAGGCCCUACAGGACCAAGUUGCUUGUCAAAGUGCGGAGAGCCAGGAGCAGGUUGAGACCAUUCUGUCCGAAAAUGAUGCCCUGAGAACCAAUCUGGCCGCGUUAGAACAGAUCCAGACGUCUAAGACCCAAGAGAUGAAUCUGCUGCGAGAUCAGGUGGCGGCGCUGGGGGCAGAGCUGCAGCAGCAUCAGAACGAGAAGGAGGCAUUGGCCACCCAGCGGGAAGACCUCAACACACAGCUGCAGGAGUCACUCCGGGCCAAUACUCGUCUUGUGGAGCAGCUCCAAGAACUUGGUCAGGAGAAGGAGAGGUUAUUACAGGAACUUGAGGAAGCUAGGAAGACAGCAGAGAAGCGCAAAGGCAUGUUAGAUGAGAUGGCCAUUGAGACCCAGCAAGAAAAGGGACGCCAUAAGGAAGAGCUUAGUAACCUCCGUCUGCAGCAUGAGAAAGAAGUGCUGGCUGUGCGGGCGCGCUAUGAGCGGGAGCUGCGGGAGCUGCACGAACACAAGAAACGGCAGGAGGAUGAGCUGCGUAACCAGUUAAAGGAGGAGAAGGCUCGAAGUCAGGAACUGGAGUCUAUGCAACAGACUGUGGAAGAGUUGCGACUGCAGAUACAGUCCAUGGAUGGCACAAAGGGCUGGUUUGAGCGGCGGCUUAAAGAAGCUGAGGAGCUGAUAGAGAAGCACCAGGAAGAACAUGCUGAAGCCCUGCAGCUUUGCAAGGAGCAACAUGCAGCUGACUUGAAGCUGAAGGACCAAGAGGUGGAAGCAACCAAGGAGAAGUUACGGGAGAUUGAAAGAGCCAGGGAUGAACACAUGGACACCAUCAGCCGCCUGAAACAGGAGGUGAAGGACACGGUGGAUGGGCAGCGGAUCCUGGAAAAGAAAGGCAGCGCAGCGUUGAAGGACCUCAAAAGGCAGCUCCACCUGGAACGGAAGCGAGCAGACAAACUCCAGGAGCGCCUUCAAGAGAUUCUGACCAACAGCAAGAGCAGGACAGGUAUUGAGGAUCUUGUCCUGGCGGAUAUCAGCUCACCCAGUCGGGCACAAACAGGCGACAGCAGCAGCAUCUCGUCCUUCAGCUACCGUGAAAUCAUGAAAGAGGGAUCUGUGGCUGGCAGUAACAAGUCAACCACAGGCAGCCCACAGUCCCAAUCACAGCCCCCACGGCCAGCCGACCUCUCAGACGAGGAGAUCUCCGAGCUGUUCCAGCGUCUGGCUGAAGUUCAGCAGGAAAAGUGGCUGCUGGAAGAGAAGGUGAAGCACCUUGAGGUCAGCAGUGCCUCCAUGGCUGAGGACCUGUGCCGGAAGAGCGCCAUCAUUGAGACCUAUGUGAUGGAUAGCCGCAUUGAUGUUUCAGGGGCCCAUGGGCAGGUCGACAGGAGCAGCCUGAGUAGCGUCUUGCGAGACCUGGUGAAGCCAGGAGAUGAAAACCUGCGCGAGAUGAACAAGAAGCUACAGAACAUGCUGGAGGAGCAGCUCACAAAAAACAUGCACUUACAAAAGGAUUUGGAAGUUCUCUCCCAGGAGAUUGUCCGUCUCAGCAAAGAGUGUGUCACGUCCCCGGACGCCGACCCUGCCUUGGGUGAUGUCGCCUGAGUGACGUCCCGUCCGACGACACCCGUCCCUUCUGACGUGCCCUCAGCUGCAUCGGGGGAUGGGGUGGGGGUGCCAAGAGGAUUGUGGCUUCUGCCUCCACCCUGGCCCACUACGGAAUCACUUCUCUCCAUCUAGCUUUGUUUUCAAAGGGAGUUUAAGCCUCCCCAAUCUUUCUCCUUUCAUAACGCAACAAACGGUUUCUCCUUAAACCACCUUCCUCAGACGGCUGCCUAACAACUCCUCCCACCGGAACAGAUUUGGUUUUUUCCCAAGGCACCUGCAUGCUGAUUGUGCCCUACCUGUUUCCAGAGAUGGAUCUUGUCACUGGUUGUUUAAGAAGUGCUACCUUUGGGUGGACCUGAAGGCAAAUCACAUUUUGGUUCUGUAAGCCAGCACAAAGUGCUGUGUUUCCAUCUGGAGAUUGUUGGGCCACAACUCCCAUAAUACCUCAGCAAUGCCUUAUGCUCAUUUGGCUCGAUGGGAGCUGCUGUUCAACAAAUACGGGGCAGCCACGUGCUCUCCAGCCUAAUCCCUUCUUCCUGCAUUCCAUCCUAGGAGGUACAUCUGUGGUCCUAUAACUUCUUCCUUCUGAUUCAUUCUUAAUUACUCACCUACCUCCACCUCCUGUUCUUCCAUACUUCUCCCUUUGCAUGCGUGUCAGUCCUGAAUCUAUCUGUCCCAGCUGUAUCCAGCUGUUGCUGCUGUUAAUAAAAAAUGAAAUAUUAUAGAUCAGUCAGACCCAACCUUCGGUAGCCCAGGAGUUCUACGAUUGCAAUCCCCAGAAGCCUUCACCACCAGCUGUGCUGGCUGGGGCUUCUGGAAGUUACAACCCAAGAACACCUGGGUUACCCAAGGCUGGGAACCACUGUUAUAGAUAAAUAAAUAUAAAUAUAUAUAUAUAUAUUUGCGCUGAUCCCCUCCUUCUGGGCAGGACUGAACCCGAGUGGAGCAAAUCUUUGUCUGUACAGAAGGGAAACUCCAGAGCUCAUGCAAGGUUCCAACUGCACUUUCUGUUGAUGGGGGGGGGGUAGCGUACGUUGUUUAUUUAAUGUAUCAAUGACUUGUACAAGGCUGUAAUUGUUGAGCAAAUGAUAACGCAAAUAAUGA